AUAGUGAAAUUGAGGAAAAUAACAGUAAUGAUGAGCAAUAUGCAAAUGUUGAAAUCCACAGAAAUGAUGAUGAAGACAUUAACAGUAAUUAUGAACAAAAUACAGAUAUUGAAGAUGAUGAUAUCCCCCCUCUUCCACCCCUGAUUUCUUUGCCUUCAUUUUCUCCUCUCACAUCUCCGCAACCUACUGCUUCUCAUAAUCAACCAUCUACUGCUGACUCACAAGCUAUUAGUAAUAUGGACGAGU